AUGGCUAUGGCCAUGGUACAGCAGGCGCAAGCCUACCAGCUGACGAACAGAGGAACACUUGUACCGGGGCAGACGAUAUCUGUUAAUAAAUACCCGGUGCAAGUGGAACGGUACCUCAGUCAGGGUGGUUUCGCGCAUGUUUAUCUCGUCAGAACGGCGCAGCCUGUAUACAAUACUCACCAUCAUGUCCUUAAGAGGAUAGCUGUUCAGAGCGAGUCGAUGUUGUCCGAGGUCAAAAAGGAGGUUGACAUUAUGCGGAUCCUCAGGGGACAUCCCAACAUCGUCUACCUUAUUGAUGCUGCUUGGCACCGUAUGCCGAAUGGCAUGUACGAAGUCUUCAUCCUGAUGGAGUUCUGCCAAGGCGGCGGUAUUAUCGACAUGAUGAACAGACGUCUCCGAGAACGUCUGACGGAGGCUGAGAUUCUCCAGAUCUUCGUGGAUGUCUGUGAAGGGGUAGCCGCGAUGCACAAUCUCCGUCCCCCUCUCCUUCACCGUGACCUCAAAGUCGAGAACAUCCUCCAGGCCUCAUCUACUUCUUACAAACUAUGUGACUUUGGAUCGGCUGCGCCUGUAGCGCCAAGGGUACCUUCCACCACGGCGGAGAUUCGGGCGCUCGAGGCGGAUUUGAACAGGCAUACUACCUUACAAUACAGAGCCCCUGAAAUGGUCGACCCGUAUCUACGGAGACCUAUCGAUGAGAAGUCGGACGUAUGGGCGCUCGGUGUCUUGCUAUACAAGCUGUGCUACUACACCACUCCUUUCGAAGAGCAUGGGCCACUGGCUAUCCUCAAUGUCCAGUACAAGAUACCACCAUACCCAGUUUAUUCCAGUCAGAUGAACGGCCUUAUUGCGUCCAUGCUUCGUGAGCACGGUACACAGCGUCCCUCAGUCUUUGAGCUCCUCAACACAGUUCAUCGGCUUCGCGGGACCAAGUCAAGGUUCACAUAUAAUGUCCCUAUUCCUCAGCCUCUAUCGCCCCGAUUGUCCAGAACUUCAUCUGCUGCCCCACCUGCCAAUCCUCUGGACGAUCUAGUUACCUAUCGGUCCUCGCAAUCAGGGGUCGCCCUUCCUGCAGGCAGUCCUCCCAUUAUGGCGGCACCAGGAUCUGGGGUACAAGCUCGAGACAAAGUUCUUGAAGCCAUUGCCCCCAUGCGUCGAGGACGCCCGAAUGACAAGGCUUCUAGACCUCCCAGUCCAACGAAACCCUCAGUCCUUUCCGGAGACCUAGGCAAGGACCAGUCCAGACAAGGUACCUUGAUCAGGGAUCUUGACAUGGGCUUUGGCGCUGAGGGUGACGAAGCUUGGAAAGCCAUGAAGGGCGGUGAGGGAGUUGGUCCUGUUCGAGGACACAAAUCUGGUCUGGCUGCGGUUGAGGCGUGGAAGGUCAAGAAUCCCGUGAUCGAUCUCACUGAAGCGGACCCUUGGCUGCGACCAAAGGCCGACCAGAGUCGUAGAGCUACCAAAGGCGGGGCGUCUGAUGGUUUCGGAGACUCUUUCAGUGCUUCGUUGGGGCUUUCGUCUUCAUCAGAGGCUGCUGCUGCGGCAUUGUCGGCUAACCGUCGGGACUCGAACCCGAGCUCGGUUAACAUUCCACCACGACCACCGUCUGCCACGCCACGCCUGACGGGAUCCCACAACAGAUUAGGACUUGCGCCUCGGAAUCAGACCAAGGACGCUUUCGAUGGAUUGGGCUUAUCUUCCUCCGAAAAGACACCCGUAAAGACUUUGGGAGACGUUGGUAGAUCUAGGACAGGCCUUGUAGUGCCCCAAGGAGGUUCUUCGGGCACAGGACUCCUGCCGUCUAGGCCGUCAAGUUCAAAUACACCCCUUCAGCCGACUCCGUCACCCAAGCCACAGACGUCUUAUUUCUCUAGCGCUGCAGCCCCGCCCAGUCCUAAGCCUACAUGGGGUCACACGUCGUCACUACCGACAGAAGAACUCUCCCCCGAGCAGCGGUUCCCUUCGGUGGAAGAAUUGGAUCGUACAUUCGGGUCACCUUCUCCGGGUGUUUCUGUCGGAGCCCCCCGCAAAAAUCCCACUGAGUCCGGACUAAGCAAGACAUCAUCGGCCUCGGGACCGCCGCCUUUGCCGCCUAGAGGUACUGAAUCUGGUACAGCUGCCAGCAACGAUGCCCUAGAGGUCAAUAAAGGGGCCUUUGGCGGUGCUGGAGUGAGAUCUCAACAGGUUACCGGUAUUGCUAUGAUGGAGACGCAAUCCAGCUCUCAGAGGCGGUUUGGGGAACCGCUUAGCACCAAUGACACAGCUACGGAUGUACGGAAAUCGAGGCCGCCAAGGCCUAGUCUAUCCCGGAAGCAUCGCAGCUCUCUAUCCAUCAAGCAUAUUCCCGCUCCUAGUAAUGAUUUGAUCGACAUAGCGUCUUCUUCGGCCAACACGCCAUCAGAGCAAUCAUCUCAGUCUGGGUUGAAUGUCAAGCCCGAAGCUCGUGACUGGUUAACUGGUACUGAUGACGAGGCGUCUCCGUCAUCUACCGCAGGGGCGCCUGGCACUCCUGUGCUGAGGAGGUCGCCCAGCAAACGUGCAUCUGUCAUUCAAGGGAGGGUGUUUACAAUACCUCCUGCGCGUGCAGCUAUCACUACGCACGAAACUACGCCCCCACCCAGUCCAUCCCUGAAGCCUCCAGGUGUAUCGUCGGGUAACGCUGUAAGGAUGCCGUCACCAAUCCGCACGGGGACCGUUUCAGCCCAGUUGACCGACAACUGGAGCCCUGUAGUGGAGAAACCGCAACGCAAGAAUACUUCGUCGUCUAGUGGGUCAGACGAGGGCCCCGAGGACGUGAAUGGAUUCACUGCCAUGGCAGGCUCUGAAGCUAGUGGAAAUAAGGAAUCUCGGAGACGGAGAGCUAGGUCCAAGAGCAGGCAGAGUUCAGUGCAUGAUCUGGUAGAUUUAUGGGGAGGAAGCUCGAAGGAUAGACCCAGCACUCCACAGGGCCACGCUACGGGUUCGCAACUUACGGGCCAAGACACGCAAAGGCUUCGCGCUCCUGCACCCCCGUCGCCGUCGAGGCAACGGUCGGACUCUCCAGAGGCUUUAAUUUCUUCGGUGAGGGAAAGCACACCAAGAGGCCAUUCUCCCAAGCGGCGUGUGUCUGUUGAACAACGCAAGCAGCCUCCUGCGAAGGGAGCUAUACCAUCACAGACGUCAUCGCAAGUAUCCGGACGGUCACGGCCUCAGUCUAUGUUCAUAUUUCCGGUCUCCAAGAACGUUACGGAGAGUGUUGCGCCUGCAUCGCGAGACUCCUUGUCGACCGGACUGAAAGCCCCGGAAAAUCCCCGGAGGUCAUCCUCUCGUCGCACAUCGAUCUCAGACAUGGUUCAAAUGUACGAGUCUAGGGCAAAGCAGACUCCUAGUUCGCCACCUGUGGCACCCAACAAGCCCGCCAAUCUCAAGCUCCCUGCUCAGGCUCCAUCGCCUGGUCCGGGCUCACGCUUCACGAGAAUCUCACCUACCCGUGGCCUUGACGAUUUGAAGGGUAAUAUUACUGGUCAGAGCCUCCACCCGCCAAGCAAGAUUACGGAAGGGUCGAGGGGUCGUUUAUCGCCUACCGGCCUUCCGCGCGAAUCGACCACGGGGACUAGUCAAGGCUCAGGCUUGCCCGAUACAACUCCCGCUAGUGGGCACAGCUAUCGAAGUGUGCCACUGAAGCAGUCCUUCACCGCUGGUCCUAGCUCGCCUGAGCGUCCUCGGCUGUCCCCCUUGCCCCUGCGCAAACCCACGGUUUCUGCUGAGGACCCUUCCCCACAAUCGCCGGAUAAGCCUUACCAAGGCGUUGGCAAGCUGAUUGAUCAAUGGCAGCGUAAGACAGCGGAGGCUGAUAGGUCAAACUCGCCACAGAUGUCUCGUCGCGGGGGAUUUGCUCCUCGCAGAGGCGCCAUAGCGCCCACAGUGCCCGGUGGAAGUCGAUAA